AUGAUUCCUAGAAGUAGGAGUGAGGAGUCCAUUCUGACACUUUUUUCGGCAACUACUCCCGCAGAACUCGAUAAUGCUUCUAUUUUCUCCGACGAAACCGUGUCUGCAUCGCUGGUGCCGGUGUUCGGCGUGAAGCUUCUGUCAUAUACUCGAAUCAGGGAAAUGCCUCUUGUUGUGGGUCACAUCAAGCUGGAUCUUCAGUUGUAUAGUUCGUUGCGGUCCCUCAAGGAUGAUGAACCUCCCAUGUUUACCAUUCAACUGAAUAAGUUCCAUUUUCUCAAGAAAAAUGCACCUCUUCUUACCACCUACUUCCAUGAUGGGUCGCUGAAACUGGAGUUCUGCAAAGUGUAUUUCAAGAUUUUGCUGAACAAUCUCACAUGCUACGUGUUAAUGUUCCAUAAUGGCGAGAAUAUAGUUCUUUUCAACGAUGCAUUGAAGCCUCAUGCUGAUGCUAUAUAUAAGGGCACAAAGUUGAGAGUAUUUGGUGCCUCUGGAGCGUCUUCCACAUUUGGAAAUGGCUUGAUCAAGCUAUUUUUGCUUCACGAUCUGACCCCUACACUUGCAGACGGCGUGGAUUGCGACAACAUCGACACUGCCGCUUCCAUCAAAGAUGUGGAUUUGACAGGCAUUAAUGACAAUCCACUUUAUCUCGCGGUGACCAAACAAGACCGUUCAGGAGUUCUGAAAUUGCUUUCGCAGGCGUCGCCAUUGGUCAAUAUCCCCUAUGCAUCGUAUGUAGACAAUGGAGACGAGCGGCUUGAAGGUGUGAGGGUAACUGGAACGGUACGAUUGUUUGAGAGUGUUGCCGAGGGUGUAGCAGACGACGGAGAGGCAGAGAUCACGAGGACUUCGUUGAUUAUGGCCAGCAUGAUGAUGGUGUUGAUUGAACAGGAGUUAAGAAAGAUGAGGGGGACGAACAAGCCUCUGAUAGUAGGAGGAACAUGA